AUGAAGAGAUAUAGAGAAAAGCAUUCGGUACAGCACCACCGUGAUACCUACGCUCGGUUGAUACCCCCUGAGGUAAAGCGAAAAAUCGUACUUGAUACAAGAAAACGAACAGCCGAGCUUCAUAAGCGUUGGGGAGUGUCCGGCAAGUACAAAGCAGUUGGCUUCCUGCAGAUACCUGUUUUCAUUGCGCUCAUGGAGAGUUUGCGUGGGAUGAGCGGCAACAACAACGGCAUCAUUGCCUGGCUGUCGUCCUUCAUCGAGUCGUCGCAAGACCCUGCCUCCGCAGCCCAAUCCCUGCAUUUAACCAUCGAGCCCACUCUUGCGAACGAGGGCGCCCUCUGGUUUCCGGACUUGCUAGCCGGCGAUCCAACAGGUGUUCUGCCAUUAUUUUUGACUGCCUCGAUAUUGGGGAACCUUCUGAAUGGAUGGAAAGUCAAGCGUUGGAGUGAUAUCCAGUUCCUCCCAAAGAUCGAGAUGUACCAGCAGGUCUUUUUCUCUCUGGUUUGCGUGCUUUUGCUAUAG